GGGCGUAUAUAUGAGAGUAAGAAGCGUAUGCUGAAUGAAGAGCGGAGCAUAUUUCGCGAGGACCGAGCUCUUCCGGAUCGGGUGUGCGGGGUUCGGCAGGAUGGGAUCGGGAUGGUGCCUCGCCGGUAUCUCAGCGGCGGCCUCGUCCGCUGCGUAUUCGGUUACAUCAUCUAUACAGACACAGAGGGACUUGACUUGGCGGGCGUGGUCCGAAACCUCUGCCAAUCGGCUGGCAAUGGAGGCUUGAUGAUAGUCUAUA